AAGAAACUAAAGAUGACAGGUACUUCGAGAUUUUAUGAGAUUCGUAUCGAUCAUUUUUUCGAGAUAUCGAACGAUAUUACAAAAUAUAGUAAUUACAUUGUAAAUUUACAAAGAUCGUUCGAAAGCAAGUUCGUAAAAAAGUCGACGACUAUUUCAUAAAUUAAAGGUAUCAAAUCCAAUUGAAAUACUUACUUAAUUGUCGUGACGAUCCGGAAAAUGAUACUUUCUAUGUGCACAUACGAAACUAAUAAAUCGUUACGAAAAAGUUGAUGCGCAAGAAAAUCGUUAUCUUUUAUCAAACUCUUCGACAAAUAUUUUUAAAAUGAAUAAUCUUUUGGAAGAAUUAGAAGCUCUAAAAAUCUCAAGCGAAUUUUCUGAGGAAAACUUAUGGAUAGGAUGCAGUAAUAUUGUCCAAAAGAGUUAUGUUCCUGAAAAAACUAUCGGUGCUAAUCGACCAUGCGAAGAAAAAGACUUCAAAGAAUAUAAACAAAUUAUAGACAAAAAUUUGCAAAAUAUCAGAUCUAUGCUUCAGCAUAUCAUUUAUAAUCGUAAUGUUGGACACUUGCAAAUAAAUUUAAAUGCAUCAGUGAUAAAGACUUUUACUAUCAAUUUAUUAUUACUCAUUGGAGAACAUCAUGAAAAAAAUGUUUGGAACACUGUAGAAUCUGUGUCUAUUUCUAAAGAAUUGAUUAGCGAAAUCUUAGAAUUAUAUAAAUAUCAAAACAUCUCAGAAUUUUUAAUAGAGCAAGAUAAUUUUACAGUAUUAUUAUUAACAAUAAGGCCUAAGUUAUUGAAAGAUAGUUGGAAACUUUAUCCAGCAUCCGUAGCAUGUUAUAAAUGGAUUUUACAUCAAAUUGAGAAACCAGGUUUAUAUAAUCAUAUUAGUGAUGUGCUUCCAACAGCUUUAAUAAUUGUUGAUGAUUAUGUGCCAGAAAAUGUUGUAAUAGGUCUUGAAUGUUUACAUCAAAUUAUUCAACAUUCUCAUUUGAAAAAAGGAUUGAUUGAUACUGGAUAUGCGGAAGUAAUUUUUCAUGCUUUGGAAUGCUUAUCGCAUCAAAGAGAACCCAAAUAUAUAAUUUUAGUAUAUGUAUGCUUAACAAGUUUAUUAGCCACUAUUGAACAUUGGAACAAUACAUUAAAUGUAUUUGAAUGGACAAAGCGAGAUGAUAUUUUAGCUGUUCUAUUAGAUAAUAUGGAAUUUGAACAAAAUAUAGAAUUGAGACAUGUAUAUAUGCUGAGUUUACCUCAACUCUUGACUAAUAUUGGUUGUGCCAAAUGGUGUGAAAGAUUAACAAGAAUACUUUCUGAGUAUUGUGAACAUCAUACGGAUUUAAAAACAUUAAAAGCAACAUUAGAAACUGCAAAAACUUUUCUUUUGAUGUUUCAUCUUCGAGUGGCAGCUCAUUGUGUACCAUUAUAUACUGCCUUUUUGAAACUGCAUUUUGAUUUAACAAAAACUCCAGUAUUUGAUAAAGAAAUAAUGCAGAAUUUAGAGGACUGUAUUUGUUUAUUAUAUAAAUUAUCUCCAAAUGUAGGUUGUGCAGUUAUGAAUGAUGAUCGAAUGCGUUCAGUUAUUAAAAAUAGUCUACAAGUAGUAUGUUUAGGUGAUAUUAAGUAUUUUCAGUGAAUAAACUAUAUAUAAAUAUAUAAAUAUAAACAUUUGUUUUAGAAUAUAAAAUAAAUCAUGGGCUAUAUUAUUUAACAAAAGAAAAUUAUUUUUUGUAGUUUCGUA